AUGCAGCUCUUCAAACUUCUUUGUCUGAUCGGACCCGGCCUUGCACCUAGAGUGCAAGGCACGCCUUUACCUACUGGCGAUGAUGCCGUUGUCACGACUCCCGCAUCGAUCACGACAGAUAUGGUCCCCUACAACUGGGCCAUAUUGGAUGUCUCCAUCCCCAGUAGUGAUGAAAAGGAAAUGAUGAUAGCCGCCCAGCCAAAGACCAGCGUGGUACUGGCUGUUAUCACGGCGAAUAGCGGCAUAGCUGUUGCUGCCUGUCAGUCUGGUAUUCCAUGGGUCUGCGCGGGCGUUGCCAUCGCCGUGGUCCUUGGAAACUUCUUGACUCUCUUCAUCUCCUCAAGCGGGCCGAGUGAUGCUUCAAAUGUGAAACGGGACGUUCUGUAUCCUACGAUUGGUGUGGUCCAGGACGCUUGGCAGCCGACGACCUCCUGCUCUACACAUUGUCAGUUGAAGGCUGGUGCUGCCCACGGGGUCUGGACACCUUUUGCCAGUACAACCGUCGAUGGCGUUCAUCAUGAUCUUCACUUUCGACAGAAUGGCACACUGAUGGGAAUUCGAGCCGUGUCCCGCUCGACUGCAUCAAUGAAACGCGAUGAAAAUGACGAUGAUGGCGGCAUAGUGGCCGCGUAUUUCUGGGAAGACAACAACCAGCAGGCGUUCAACGACUUUGACCGGGCCGCUGUCUCCGGCGUUGCGCAAAUCAUCACAAAUUAUAUGCAAAACAACAAUGCAGAUAUUGUCUGCUCCGAUCUGUUAGAUCAGGACGGGGCCGUCAAUGCCGGUGUGAUGACGAUUGACUCUGGGAAUCGGGAAAUCGGCUUGACCGAUGCGCAGUAUAGCGAGCUCAUGGCCUACUGUUUGAAGGGGGAUCCUAACGUCCCUUAA